AACUCGAGCGCGGUUUCACGGAGCACGAAAGGUCGUCGGCGAUCCAGCCCAAAACUUGGCAAGAAGACUCAUAAGACUCAGCACUAAGAUGGCCGACGACGACGCGAGCAGCGUGCACGAUGGCGAGCCGCAGGACACCGUCGGUGAAUCGCCGACCGACAACAACAUCAAGAUCUUCCUUCGCAUCAAGCCCUCCAAGAAGGCUUCGGGCUUCUUCACGUGGGAAGAAGAGUCGAACGGGAUGGAGUACAACAUUCCCAAGGACGUCGCGUCCGGCCUCAUCAACAACUCGCGCACCAACUACAAGUUCAAGUUUGAUGGGCUCAUUGGCAUGACGGCCAAGCAAGAAGAGGUGUUUGACCGCAUCGGCCGGCCAUGCGUCGAAAAUGCGCUCUCGGGCUUCAACUCGACGAUCUUUGCGUACGGCCAGACCGGGUCGGGCAAGACGUUUACGAUCACGGGCGGCGCCGAGCGCUACGACGACCGCGGUAUCAUUCCGCGCAGCCUCUCGCUCAUUUUUGAGAAAAUGAAAAAGCACCCGGAAUGCCAAAUUUCGGCUUUCAUCUCGUACCUCGAAAUUUACAACAACCAAGGCUACGAUUUACUCAACGAAGACCACCAAAACACAAAGGCCAUUGAAGAUUUGCCAAAGGUGAGCAUGCUCGAAGACGAAGACGGCAACUGCCACCUUCGCAACCUCUCGAUGCACCGCGUCGCGACCGAAGAAGACGCGCUCAACUUGCUCUUCCUCGGCGACACGAACCGCGCCGUGAGCGAGACGUCCAUGAACUUGGAGUCGUCGCGGUCGCACUGCAUCUUUACCGUCUCGCUCGAGUCGCGCAAGGCGGGCAGCGAGGUCAUUCUGCGCUCCAAGCUGCACAUGGUCGAUCUCGCCGGCUCCGAGCGCGCGCACAAGACGGGCGCCAAAGGCAAGGUGCUGCGCGAAGCCGCGUACAUCAACACGUCGCUCCACUACCUCGAGAUGGUCAUUGUCGCGCUGCACGAGAAGAACACAAAGGGCCGGACGCACAUUCCAUACCGCAACUCGAUGAUGACGUCGGUGCUGCGCGACAGCUUGGGCGGCAACUGCAAGACCGUCAUGGUUGCGACGGCGAGUGCUGAGAAGGAGCAGACCGACGAAUCGCUCUCCACCUGCCGGUUCGCCCAGCGCGUCGCGCGCGUUCGUAACGACGCGCACUUGAACGAAGAAGUGGACCCGACGAUCGUGAUUCGCCGCCUUAAAGCACAGAUUGUCGAGCUCCAAGAGGAGAUUGUACUCCUCAAGGGCGAACCCAAAGAAGGCGACGAGCUCAAGGACUACGAGAUGGACAAACUGCGACAAAAGUGUUUGGACUACGCCAACAAUCGGGAUUCCGAUGCGCACUUGGCGAUGGGCGACAUUACGUACAUCAAGAUGAAGGCGUGCUUUGCCUUCUUAAAGCGCUUCUACCUGGACGGCGCGGGCGACGGCGCACCGCGCGUGGCUAGCCAGCAUGCCAGCAACCACAGCAGCAGUAGCAACAACGACCACCUGCACGAAGAACGGGGCGACGGACCGUCCCAUGCGCGCAUCGUCGAGCUCGAAGAAACGCUACAGCAGCGGGAUAACGAGAUUGCCAUUCUGGUUGGGAUGCUCAAAAAGGGCGGUAAUGGCGCGCAGGUGGCCGACGCUCUCAAGACCAUCGCGUCCAAGCCGCCUGUGGCCCCCCAAGCGCCCCCGCCGCCCCCCAAUGGCUUCCACGUCAAGAUCGACGCCGCGUCGCUCGACGAUCCUGCGAAAGCAUUCGAGGUGUUCCGUGAGCAAUACCCGAAAAACGACGUGAUUCGCGAAAACAAGCAAUUGCUCAAGAAAAAAUACGACGAGGCCAAAGCACUCGCCCAAACUGUCAAUGACGCGCGGGGCGUCAUCAAGGAGCACAUGGCGACCGUCGAGAAGCUCCGCAAGACCAAGGCGCUCGAGUCGCUCACGAGUGGCGACGAACCACCGACCGCGUCCGACGAAGAGACAGCGCUGGUCGCCAAGAUUGACGCGAAAAAGGCCGAGUACAAGACGGGCUUCAACACCCUCAACGACCUCAAGAAGGAGAUCCAGCACAUUCAAAAGCUGCUGGAAAUGAGUCGCAUCAAGCUCCAGAAGGACUUUGAUCUGUGGUACCAGAGCCAGGGCAAAGGGCACCUGCUCACAGAGAAUCUCGUGCACAAGGCGUCGACGACGGGACUCAAGCCGGCGGUCGACCAGUCACCUGCUAAGCCCGCACCCAAGGCGGCGUGGCCACCGUCGCCGCGCACGCCUAGCAGCAACCAGCCCAAGGACGCCGUUCCGACCACCGGCAUCCAGGAGGUCGACAAGGACGUCUCGGGCUUUUACGAAGCGCUCGACAUUCUCAAGCGUCGCAACAGCCGCAAGUAGACGCUUGCCUCCUCAAGCUGUUUGUAUUGUGUACUCUUUUAG